AGCAGUCGGCAGAGCCUCGGCUCCCUGCGCUCACGCUCCCGGCGGCCUCGCCGAACCCAGCACACGACCCCUUUCCCGCCGUACGGAUCCAAAACCCUAACUCGGCCGCGGCGCGUUUCCCCUACCCCGCGAGGCGGCGGAGAUGAUGCAGCCGCAGCAGUCGCAGCAGCAGCAGCCGCCGCCUCAGUCCGGCGGCGGCGGGGAGUUCUACCGCGGCCCGCCGACGCGGCAGCUCUCGGCGGCGUCCUCCACCAACAUGCCCCCCGACUACGCUGCGCACCCGGGCCCGCCGCCGCAGCAGCACCAGCCGCCGUACGAUGCUUAUGGGGACAAUUUUGGUGCUAAAAGGAUGCGUAAGCCUGUCCAGCGACGAACAGUGGACUACACAAGCAGUGUCGUCCGUUAUGUUCAAGCUCGCAUGUGGCAGCGGGAUGCAAGGGACAGAGUCACAUUGCAGCCAACUCCUGCUGCUGUCCUGGAUAUGUUGCCAUCUGUCGCAUAUCCAGACAAUCCCUCCACAAGUUUUGCUGCCAAAUUUGUACAUUCUUCAAUCAACAAGAAUCGGUGCUCUAUUAAUCGUGUCUUGUGGACUCCUACAGGCCGUCGGCUUAUUACUGGAUCACAGAGCGGUGAAUUCACCCUAUGGAAUGGGCAAUCUUUUAACUUUGAAAUGAUUCUUCAGGCUCAUGACCAAGCUGUGAGAUCAAUGGUUUGGAGUAACAACGAAAACUGGAUGGUUACAGGUGAUGAUGGUGGUGCAAUCAAGUAUUGGCAAAGUAAUAUGAACAAUGUCAAAGUGAAUAAAACAGCUCACAGAGAAUCAGUUCGCGACUUAAGUUUUUGUAGAACAGGCUUGAAGUUCUGUUCCUGCUCUGAUGACAGAACUGUGAAGGUUUGGGACUUUGCGAGAUGCCAAGAAGAAAAAUCAUUAACCGGCCACGGUUGGGAUGUUAAAAGUGUCGAUUGGCAUCCCACAAAGUCUUUAUUGGUUUCAGGUGGUAAAGACUAUCUUGUGAAACUCUGGGAUGCAAAAAGUGGUAGAGAGCUACGCUCAUUCCAUGGACAUAAAAAUAUUGUGCAAUGUGUAAAGUGGAAUCAGAACGGGAACUGGGUACUGACUGCCUCAAAGGAUCAGAUAAUUAAGCUGUAUGAUAUUAGAUCCAUGAAAGAGCUUGAAUCCUUCCGCGGGCACAACAAGGAUGUAACUGCGUUGGCAUGGCACCCAUUUCAUGAAGAAUACUUUGUUAGUGGGAGCUUUGAUGGAGCAAUCUUUCAUUGGUUGGUCGGCCAUGAAAUUCCACAGAUAGAAAUAAAUAAUGCACAUGACAAUAGCGUGUGGGAUCUUGCUUGGCAUCCUGUAGGCUAUCUACUUUGCAGUGGGGGCAAUGAUCAUGCUACAAGGUUCUGGUGUAGAAACAGACCUGGUGAUCUUACCCGCGAUAGAUACAACAGUGGCCAGACACAAGGUUAUGGUGAUCAACAUUCUGCUUUUGGUGCUCGUGCUAUGGGUGGAUUCCAGAUGCCUGAAGCUCCAACAACACCUGGACCAUUUGCUGCUGGAUUGUCGCGAAAUGAAGGCACAAUUCCUGGCAUUGGGGCUGCAAUGCCCUUGAUAGGCCAAUCUCUUGAUGGAUCAGAUCAAGGAGCAUCUAUUCCGGGUCUUCCACCUGGGCCACCUCCCUUGCCACCAGGUCCUCAUCCAUCUCUUCUAGCUCCUGGGCAGCAGCAACAAUAUCAACAGAUGCCUCAGCAGCAACAUCCCCAGUUUCCGCAACAGUUAACUUCUCGGCCGCCACCGCCAAAUAUGCCCCAAUUGCAGCCACCAGCACACAUGCUUCCACAUCCACAAGGAUCUCGACCUCCACUUCCCCAGCUUCCACCAAUGGGCGGACCAUCGAUGCCGUCACCAGUGAACCCACCACUACCACCUAUGCCUCACCCUAUGGCAAUGCAAGGUUCGCAGAACCAGAUGAUGCCUCAAUUGCCGCAGCACAUGAUGGGCCUAAAUCAGAUGCAUCCUGGUCCCGUUCCUCCUGGCAAUGUACCCCCAAUGGGUGGCUUCCAAAAUGGGAUGGGGAACAUACAAGGCGCUUCAGGUUCAUCUGGCAUGCAAGGUUUUCCUAUGGGUGGCAUGUACAACCGGCCUCAAGGACAAAUGGCUCCACAAGGGCAAAUGACAUCCAUUCCUGGUCUAAGCUCUUACCAGGGAAUGGGCAAUGUUGGCCAUACACCACCACCACCACAGCAUCUGCCUCCACGUGGUUCAACACCACAGUAACAUUGAGCAAUACAACACUGUGGCGAGCCUAAAUUUUUAGGCGACACCUAAAUUUGUAACAUGUAAUCUGCCUGAGUAACUUAUAUCUAGGCUCCAGCAAAUUCAAACAAAUCUCGCUCAAUGGUUGCUCGGCUAGCUAGGAUCUUUGAUAUCUUGUGCUGUGACUCACAGCUGGGAUACCAUCUGCUUAGUUAUCGCAUGGGCACUGCUGCGGCAAACAUGUUCUAAUGACUUGUUCUGGGUCUCCUAUUUAUACUGCUAUUUAUGAUGUAUUAUAAAUAAAUUGUGGCAGCUUAAUUCUGGAACAUAGAGAAAA